AUGAUUUGAAUAAAAGUUUUGAUAAUAUUGAGGAAUAUGAAUUCUUCAAAAAGUAAUUGUUACAAUAAUUUCUCCCUCUGGAUCUGCUGUCAACCUUGACGAUUUCAAGGAUCCACAAGAGGAUUAUGAGGUAUUGGUAAUCGUUUGAGAAGGUUAUUCAGGCUGAGGGCUUCCCCUAGCGAAUGCAGAGGCUCUCCGGGUCUGUAAUAUUGUCAACCUGGUGAGGUCUUGAUGAAGUCGUUGUCGUCCAUUCUGCUCUCAAUUCACUUUUAUAGUUGAGGUACCACUCUGCUCAGUGUUCUGAAAAUUAGUCGACUGCUUUUGCUUAUGAAAUGUUCAUAACUGGAGUAUUCAAAAAUUUUAUUUCCUCAGAUGAGUUAGGCUGCUAAUUUUUCAGCAUGAAAAUUGUUUUAUGGCAUUCAUGACCAACUUCCCCAAGCUUGGGGAAACACUUGGAGGUCCUCUCAACUUCGUAAGUACAUGCAAAGUUAUAUGCAUAACAGUAGCAUUCUUUAGUCUUUUGGGGAUGUAAAAUCCCUACAAUUUUGAGGAAAAUUGGUAGAACCAAUAACUAUUGGAUCCUUAUACAUAAGACGACUCGUGUGGAGUAAAUCCUUCUGAGUGCAAUGCUUUGGGAGAUCUCUUGGGUUCUAAAUCGUAUCCGUGGAAUAGGUAUUAUU